AACCUAUUUCUGACGUAUUUCAAUGUUUGCUUGCCUUUUAACGUUUACAUCAGCUUUACAUACAUAAUUCACCAGUGUUUGGAACUUGAACUAGAAGCUCACCUUGAAGAUGCAGAUCAAGUGCAUGUUGCUACUGGUAGUCGGAACUGUGCUGGUGACGUCACAAAUAGCCCCGGUGCUGCCCGUCGACGAGACGGCCAUUGCGUGCCAGGAGCCAAUGGUUGCGGGCCCGUGCAAGGGCUUCUUCCCGCGUUUUUUCUACAACACGGACGAGGGGCUGUGCCAGAAGUUCGUGUACGGUGGUUGCCAAGGCAACAGCAACAACUUCAUGACUCAGGAAGAUUGUGAGCAGCGCUGUAUCCAGGCAACCACACCCACAAAAUGACAAUGCUCGUCCAUUUUACAAAUGUUAUGUUUGAACGUGUUCAGCUUACAAAUAAAUAAUACAGAAUA